UUCGUUAUUAAAUGUCACAACCGAUCAUAAACAAAUUUACAAAAUACAUCGAUUUUUCGCUUUGCUUGAUGCACAUCUCCGACUUACUUAAGUUCCAGGCAAAAGUUGACAGCAAACGCUAACGAUAGACUUUGACAUUUUGCAUAAGCAAAUUUCUUAAGCAACAUAUUUAAAAAAAAUGGCUCAUAAAAUCGAAAGCGAAUUUUAUUUUAAAUUAAUAUAUGCUGUUCGCGAUCGCCCGUGUUUAUAUGCGAAAAAACACCUACAUUAUUACAACAGAGUUAAACGUAAUGAAGCCUGGCAAGAAGUGGGCGCAGCUACGGGCAGGCCAGGAAGUGACUGCAAAGCGCGCUGGAAGUUGUUACGAGAAAGAUUCUGUAAGCAAAUGAAGAGAGCUGAUGGUUAUUUUUCGUCUGACACAGACCCGUUUAAUGCGCAUGAAUGGGAAUACUAUAAGGAAAUGCUAUUUUUAAAGGAAUCUAUUGUACCGCGACGUUCAAGACUUGGUAAGUGCGUACGCUCCAGCUCAGAAGAGCCUGCAAUGAAUGAAGUAUUUAUAAACGUAAAUGCCAUAGCCGAAGAGGACUCCUGCUCGUCACAUUCAAGUUAUUCAAAUUCUUGUGAAAUUCUGAACAAAACGUCAAAGUUCGAUUUAGCGCCAUUGAAAAUUGAACGUGCAACGGACGCAGAUUUAGGCGAUUACGAUAAAUCAGAAAAACUGCAAAACAAAAGCGUUAGUACUAAAAGCAGUACACCGGUUAGUGGCGACACAGACAAUACAAUCGAAGAAUUAUUUGUAAAGAAUAUAGCGAAUUUAAUACGAGAUCUGCCGAUAGAAGUGAAGGAUCGUUUCCAGGCUGGCAUGUAUGCGGAAGUGUUCCGUUUACGUGCACAAUAUCGCAACUUCUAGAAUAAGCUAUCUUAAACGCACCUACUUCUUUAAAGGCUGCCUCUCAUUUUCAACUCACAUUUGCAUUCUUAAUUAAUUUUGUACCUUUGAAUUUAGAUACUGUUACUUUUGAAGUUUUGUUAUGCGAAAACAUUUUUAAUUUAACUGAAUCAUGAAACGAAUAUUGAAUUAAUUUGUCUUGGUUGUUCCCAAUCAUGAUUCAAUAACAUAUUGAUUGAAUCAUGGUUUCCUGUAACCAAAAACCCACAAGUGUAUUUUCAUUUACGAUGAGUCUUACAUUUUGUAGUACAUUUGAAUUAUUAUAUUUGAAAGUAUAUUUACCUUAUGUAGAUCCUCGUGAAGUCCGUGCUGGUAUGAAUCCAAUGGUUAUACUAGCUCCAGUUUCUUGCAAUUAGAUGCCGACAUUCACUCGAGGCACAGGCCCUCGUUUAGUCCAGAUAAUACAUAUGUUUCAAAUAGAAUUUUUGAAGUACUGUUAGCAACUCCACCGUUAAGUUUAAUAAUAAAUAUAUAUUUUGAGUCAGUAA